CGCGAAUAGUCUUUCAAGUAAAUUGUUCUUGGACGACUUGACUUGGUAAAAAGCCGGAGAAAAAACGCCCCUCGAUUGGUGUUUCUAGCAGUUGCGUGCCAAGCGCCGUCACUGCGGCCGUCUCUCCUGGCGGCUCGACAUAUCAUGGGUCUGAAUCAGACUUGAAACGCCUGCUCUAGGAUGCCAUGAUUAGAAGAGAUACAAGAAAAGAGAUGGUGAAGCUGCCGGUUCUGCGAUCAGAGGUAGUGUUGCUCGUCUUCUUGUUUGUGAUCGUGGUCGAGUGGUUGGGAUUCAGCAUGUCUGCGGUCACGGUCCAGGGGUUGGGAUUCCGGUGCGCCACCGCCGGAACCUGCACGGCUCUGGUGGGUUACAGACCUCUGAAUGCGACCACACUCCAGGAGAUCUCGUCCCGGUUUCAAAUAGAUUCGUUCACUGACCUCCUUCCGCGUAACUCCCUCGCUUCGACCACGCCCCAAACCCACGCGGUCUCCGCCCAACAGACGAUCAAGGUCCCCAUCACCUGCCGAUGUCAGGACGGCAUCGGCACCUCCGACAAGAGCCCCGUGUACAUCGUCAAGCCAGGCGAUACUCUCGACUAUAUUGCUACCAGCGUCUUCUCGAGGCUCGUCGAUGCCAAGUCCCUCGCGGCCGUCAGCGGCAGCAGCGAUCCCUCCAAGACGAAUACGGGCCAGGUGUUGCGGAUUCCGUUGCCCUGCAGCUGCGACCGCGUCGAUGGCUCUCCGGUGACGCAUUAUGCACUCGUCGUGGAGAAGAACGACACUCUGAGGAGAAUCGCCGCCGAGUACAACGUCACUAUGACCCAAUUGGAGAAGCUCAACAACGUAAGCAACACCGCCUCUGUCCUCGCCGGACAGGUCCUCGAUGUUCCCCUUCCUUCACAAGAUACCAACUCGACAAUUACCAACGGGACCUCCUCGACUGGUGCAGGGAAGAAAGCCUCACAGCUCAUAAUCAUCUUACCGAGUACCUUAGUUGCGGUUCUGUGUGCGGUUGUAGGGACUUACUGUUUCUGGAGGUGGAGAAGGAAACAAUCAGCUGCUCAAGAAAGAUAUCACUCUGAGACGAUUUAUCUUGGAAAAGGAGCAAAUGAAAGUGAUGAUCCUGAGUUGCCACUGUUUAAGCUAGGAGUUAUCAUGGAAAUAACCAACAACUUUUCUGAAUCAAACAAGCUUGGACAAGGGGGCUUUGGUCCUGUUUAUAAAGGUACACUACCAGGGGAGCAGGAUGUGGCAGUGAAGAGGCUAUCUCAGGGCUCAAAACAAGGCUAUGAGGAAUUUAUGAAUGAAGUCAAGUUAAUAGCCAAGCUUCAGCAUAAAAAUCUGGUUCAGCUUUUAGGGUGCUGCGUUGAAAGAGAAGAGAGGAUAUUGAUCUAUGAAUACAUGCCCAACAAAAGCUUGGACAAAUUUCUUUUUGAUCCAACUCUGAGCACGCAGUUGGUUUGGGAGAAACGCUUUGAGAUCAUGGUUGGGAUUGCUCGGGGACUUCAAUAUCUCCACCAAGAAUCACGCCUCAAAGUGAUACACAGGGACCUCAAAACCGGCAACAUUCUGCUUGAUGGUGCUUUGAACCCAAAAAUUUCAGACUUUGGCCUAGCCAGAGCAUUUUCUGGUGACCACACUCAAGUGAAUACCCACAGAGUAGUGGGGACCUUUGGGUACAUGCCUCCAGAAUAUGCCAUGGAAGGUCGCUACUCCACCAAAUCUGAUGUCUUCAGCUUUGGGGUCAUAGUUCUGGAGAUAGUGAGUGGGCAGAAGAUGACAACCUUCCAUAAUGUGGAGUACUCCCUUAAUCUUCUUGGACAUGCAUGGAAACUGUGGAAUGAAGAAAGGGGGGUGGAAUUGCUUGAUCCAAUACUAGACAAUUUGUGCCACAUAGAUCAGUUGAUGAAGUGCAUCAACGUGGGUCUUCUCUGUGUUCAAACAGAUGCAGCAGACCGCCCCACUAUGUCCUCCAUUGUUCUUAUGCUGAGCAGUGAUUUGGCAGUGUUGCCUAAACCGAAACAGCCAGCCUAUUCUUACCGAGGCAAACUUUUGGAAGCGAGUUCAUCUUCCAUAGAAAGCGAUCCUAAGACAUACACAGGCAGUGAACUGACAGUAACAGUGUUGGAAGCUCGAUAAACUUGUGAACACAACUCUCCUAUACAUUUCACCUCAUUCUUUAGAACGGAGUAGACCAAUAAAACUGCGACCAGCCACUUGAGCAAAUACGGAAGAUAGGUGCUUGAUGUAACUUUGGUUGAAAUUACUUUGUUCACCCUUCAGCUUGUAUAGAGUCGGAUUGUAGAAGCAUUUAUUCACAGGAAAAAGGGCUCGACCAUGGAGGUUCGUUAUGCUGGGAAGCAGGAAAAAAUGAGGCAAAUAGAUGGAAGAGCGCGCACUGAGGACCUUCACCUUCGAUGAUCUGGACUUGAAAGGCAUUUGCUGUAAUUCUUCGUUAACUGUUUAUAGUACAGCUUUCGCCUUUGUUCCAAUUUUCAUGGAGGUGGCACUAAUUUUUUUGGUUUUCUUUAGUGGCUGAUUUAGAUGUACUGUAUUUGUUUCUACAACCGGGAGAAAUGGAGAAUCCCCUCACUGUUGUCCUUUUUUA